GCCCCGUUAUGAAUGCUGUACUAUCGCCAACGUGAUGUAAACAGAGGAGAGUGUCAGCUGUGAGGCGGGGAGGGUGGUAGGGUAACGCCCAUUUAUUGGUUUAUGUGGAGUAAUCACAUCAGAGACUCUUCCCCACGGCUGCAGGAUCAAAGAAAAUGUCAGCAAGGGAAGGCAUAGCAGCUGGCAUGGACCGUGAGGCGAGAGAACCAACCAUUUUACAGUUCGUCCCAUUCAGCUCAGCAGUAGAUGCCGGGUUUUGGCACCAUUUCACUCAGCUCAAGCUGGAUGUGUUGCAGCUAAGUGAGCAGGCUGUCCCAGUGGUGGGAAGCUACACCAACACUGAUGCCCCUGGGCUGCCACCACGCCUCCAUGUGGAAUAUGAUGCUCUGGAAAGGAGAAAAGCAGCAUCCAGGUGGUCCUGCCAUGCUACAGGGACUCUGAUCAACACCAACACCAUCGAGGAGUUCCGGAAUCGCAACAAACAAGACUUGCUGAAGGCGUGUGCCACCACUCUCUGGGAAGCCAUCACCUCAGGCCAAGCUCUGCAGGACCCCUCACUGCUAGCAUCCUUCCUUAUGUUUACCUUUGCUGAUCUGAAGAAGUAUCAUUUCUAUUACUGGUUUGCCUUCCCAGCCUUCACUUAUCCGAAGGCUGUCUAUAAGAAGCCACCCCAGUCCUUCACUGAUGACUUAACUCAGAAAGAGAUUGCCUCUCUGCUAGCAUCAUAUACAGAUCAAGAAGCUGACUUUGAUCAAGGCUUCUUCUGUGUCACCAAAAGUGGGGAAGAGUUCACCAUUCACCCUCUUAGGAAUUACCCAAACCUUAGGGCUGCUGCUGACACUCAGUCCAACCAAGAGGUGUAUCUAGGCAUAUCAGACCCCAGCACUCUGCUGAGCAACCCAGGCUGGACACUACGCAACCUGCUUACCCUGGCGGCUGUCAGCUGGUCCAAGCAGUGGCAGAGUUAUAAGGUGUUGUGUCUGAGGGUACGAACCAGGAAUGGUGUGCAAGAUGCUUCUCACAGCCUUGUGGUUGAGGUUGACUUGGGUGAGGAGCCAAUGCCACUCAGUCCUUCAGAGAUGCCACUGUGCCUUGGUUGGGAGAAAAAUGAAAGAGGGAAGAUGGGACCUCGUAUGGUUAACCUGUCAGCAAAUAUGGAUCCCACCAAGCUGGCGGAGUCUGCAGUGGAUCUGAACCUGAAGCUGAUGCGGUGGCGGGUGGCGCCUCAGCUCAACCUGGGUGUGGUGCAGCAGACCCGUUGCCUCCUGCUUGGUGCUGGCACCCUAGGCUGUGCUGUGGCGCGGUGCCUCAUGGGGUGGGGUGUGCGACACAUCACUCUGGUGGACAGUGCAAAGGUGUCUUACAGUAACCCAGUCAGACAGAAUCUCUUCACCUUCGGUGACUGCCAGAGUGGAGGGCGGCACAAGGCUGUGGCUGCUGCUGAGGCACUGCUCCAGAUCUUCCCAAAGAUGAAUAGUAAAGGAGUAGUGUUGAGCAUUCCCAUGCCAGGCCACACUGUUGGGGAAAGUUUGCUGAACCAAGUGAAGGAAGACGUGUCCACUUUAGAGCACCUUAUAGAUGAACACGAUGCAAUCUUCCUGCUGAUGGACUCAAGGGAAAGCAGAUGGCUUCCUACAGUAAUUGGUGCUGCUAAGCAAAAGCUUGUUCUCACCGCUGCCUUGGGUUUUGACUCCUUCCUGGUGAUGCGACAUGGAAUCAGGGAAGUAGGGACGGAGGCUUCCCUCCCUUCCACCACAGCCAUUCCCCGCAACUCCAUUCCCGGCAAAAUGCUGGGCUGCUACUUUUGUAAUGACGUUGUUGCUCCAGGAAAUGUGAGUUCAACACACGACCGCACACUGGACCAGCAGUGUACGGUGACCCGGCCUGGGGUGUCCUACCUGGCAGCUGGCCACGUCACUGAGCUCCUAGCUGCAAUACUUCAACACCCUGACAGAGGACUAGCAGAGGCCAGUGUAAAAGAGCAAGGCAAUGUGAAAGAGGGAGUCUUAGGUCCAGUUCCUCACUCCUUACGAGGGUUUCUGGGAAGACACCAGCUCCUCACUCCGGCAUCAACGGCCUUUGACCAGUGCUCAGGCUGCUGCAGGGAGGUUUUGAAAGCUUAUAUGGAAGAAGGUUUUGAAUUUCUUCUGAAAGUAUUUAAUUCAACCGCAUACCUGGAAGAGGUGUCUGGCCUCAGCAGACUUCAUCAUUGUGUUGAUGAUUCUCAGGUGUGGGAGCUGAGUGAUGAGGAAGACAUGGAGUGAUGUGACCAUGGGGCCAUGCCUUGGAAAGAGCAAGUUGUGUUUUGUAUAGUUUUGUCAUUGACACUACUUGACAUUUACUUCAGAUGUGGUUCAGUUCAACCAGAUCCAUUUUUCUCCAUUCCAACCAUAACACUGCUGUAAUGCAUUCAGACUGUAGAGGUUGCCUCUCCAUGCCAGAAGUGGACUGACAGGUCAGGCAGUCAGGCACUAAUAAAGAGCCUGGACCAUAAUGGGUCUCACUAAUAAAUUCUGUCCGUUAUCAAUACUAUUCACACUUACUAACUUUGUAGGCUGGAAAAAUUGUUCUCAUCAACCUUAAUGAAGAGACUCAUGGAUAUUGAUAAGUUAGCCAGCUUGCUUGCGUUUCAAGGGCAUGUAAGCUCUUUACUUUUAUUUUAUUAUUUUAUUGAGGGACAGAUUUGUUGGCCAGCCUUUUCAGUCAGACAGGACAUUCUUUAAUGCAUCAACUCAUGCUGAGUGGCCUGAAGUGCUGGGCUGAACAGUCUGUCAGCUCCUAAGUAAAUUGAGGAGAGAUAAUUCUGACUUAUUAACUAAACUUGUACAGUAGAGGUGGGAUACUAUAGAGGAUGCAUGUACUGAUUUCCAGACUUAAUCUUUAGAAACUGAGUGCCACAACUUUUUAGGUGAGGAAGUGUAUCAGAGAAAGAGAAGGGAAGAGUAUAGUUUACUCUAGGGAGCAGAAAGGGUUGCAGAUUGUAGCAGUGAUGGCAGUCAGGAGGUAUCAUAGAUGGAAGAGAAAUAAAAAGAGUAGGUCAUAAAAGAAAAAAACAGUUAUAGAAGAUAUUGUGCUUAGCUCAACAAGGGAGGUCCUAAUACACCAGGAUUGAUGUGAUGUCAUGGAUAAUUUUUUUUUUGUCAUCUUUAGUUCAGUGAUUUCAUGAGUAAUCUAGUCUUGUGUACUCUGAUGGCCAUUCCUUAGGAUUUCAUUAUUGAGAUGGCUGUACUAGAACCAUACCUCAUCCAAAACACCCAGUCAUAUUCUCUCUCUCUCUCUCUCUCUCUCUCUCUCUCUCUCUCUCUCUCUCUCUCUCUCUCUCUCUCUCUCUCUCUCUCUCUCUCUCUCUCUCUCUCUCUCUCUCUCUCUCUCUCUCUCUCUCUCUCUCUCUCUCUCUCUCUCUCUCUCUCUCUCUCUCUUAUAUAUAUUGAUUAAUUUAUCAUGGAGUUGCUCUCUCACACCCACAACAUUUAUUGCACAUUUGUAUAUCUUCGUUAUUUCUCCCUGUCCAUCUCCGGUGAACAAGACAUCUCAGGGUGUUUCAUAUCAGUGCACUAGUGAUUCUUUCAUCUCUAAACUUACCCUUACCAUCAAUAAUUCACACCAUAAGCAUCUCUUGUGUCCUGUUUCCUUAUUGUUACAUCUUAGCCCUUUGACUAUUGUUCAUGUUUCACUUGCUUGUGUCAUUGUUUGAAGUUUCAUAAGAUGACUGUUUUACUUCCAAGCUCAUUGGAUGUUCAGUUAUAGAAUCACUUUUGAGAAUUGAUAAUCUCCAGAACAUUAUUUUCUUUGGAAUGUGUAACCAAUGAAACUUGUGGAUAUGCAGCAUUCCAAGUUGAAGGGCCUCAGACACCAAGCUGGCUGUGAACUGUUAGUGAUGCUGUUAAUAUAUACUUGUUUCCCUGUAAUGUUUGAAAAUGUUCCUUCUGUAUUCUUGUUUCUAGUUUGGAGCCAUUGAAGUUAUAUUGUGUGAAACAUGUAAUGUUAUCAUCCUUACUGGUCAAUAUUUACUGUGAGGUGCAGUGCUGUGGAUGUUCAGGGAACAAAACUUUAGAAUGGUUAAAUAGAUCUGUUCAGUAACAUAACAUGGUUCUGACACACUCAUUACCAUCAGCAUUCUGAGACACUGACAACAAGAGUGAAAUUUAAUCUAUCCCAACUACAUAUUUUCAAUAAAAUGGUCAGUUAUGAAUUUGUGGUAUGAAUAUUUGAGAUAUGAUAGUCACAAUGCUGAUUUAUCAAACAAUCCAUGCUCUUCAUUCUAAAUACCAUUGAGACUAUUGUGGGGCACAUAUUUGUACCUUGUUAUUUACAUGACCUAACUUUACUGCCUCAACAGAGGAAAGGAAUUGUGCAUCUCUAUUAGAUAGACAGAUCAGCAGAAAUAAUUUUGCAAUUCAUGUCACACUGACUUGGUGUAGAUCACCUCAAGAUUGUGGUGUCUUUCCAUCAGUUUGGUCUGCAUGCAGCAGGUACUGUAGGCUCUCACCAUUGUGAAACAAGGAUGGUGAUCUCUGGCCAACAUUUACAUUCCAAUUUACAAAUUAUCUAACAAAUUUGUCUUGUGAAUGUGUCACAGUAUAAUUGUUAUAUAUAAUCCAUAUGCCUCACUGACAUUGUGUCUUAAGGAUCCAUGCUAUAGUAAGUGUUGUGUGUGACAGUGAUAAUCAGAAAGACCAUAAUAAUGUAACUAGUGUUAUAGUAUCAUCUCUCAACAACAUGCAGAUACUAAGUAUAUUGCACAGAAAUAUUAUAAUAGACACUACCAGAGCUACUGAAAUAACAGAUUAUGUACUUGUUCAAUUACAAGUAUAAAGAAUGUUUUAUAUCUUGUUAUCUCAAACAUUAUUGAAUGUUUCUUGUAUUUAGAGAGUUUUGAACUCAAAUUUACAAAUAUAAAAGUCACUGCUAGUAUUAAGAGUUAAAUCUUUUCAACCUGAUAUAAGUUUCCUGAAGACAUUUUGUAAUAAUAUAGAUUUUGUUUUUAUACAGAAAUAUUACAAUAGUAAAUCAUUACAUCAGUACAAAAUGCCAAAUUUGCUACUUUAGUAUUUUAUCCAGUUAUACACAUGGUGUAUAACUGUAUAUUGCUCUUAUUUUGUGUUCAACUGCACCCCAUGCCAAACAUUGUAUUGUAUUGUGGUAUAUACAUACUAGGUAUAUAAUGUGUAGCUUAUGUACAAUGUUUUAUUGCCAUAGUACUAAAGUUAGAUUGAAUAAUGCACAUAGUUAUAAAUGUGCCUAAUUUUUCAUGUAUAUAUAUAUAGUAGGUAUAUAAUGUGUGGCUUAUGUACAGUGUUUUAUUGCCAUUGUUCUAAAGAGUUAGAUUGAAUAAUGCACAUAGUUAUAAAUGUACCUAAUUUUUCAUGUAAAUUAUUAUUAUUGUUAUUUUUUUUUUGUAUGUGUAAUAAUUAGAUGACAAAAAAAAAACAAGAGUGUUUAUUGGUAUGUGGUUACCCAGCAUUAUGGUCAGUAAUAGCCAUUCUGACCUGAGAAUGAUUGGUGUGAUGAUAUGCAAUAGUAUUGCCUCCUCUGCCACUGGGGCCUCAGUGUUGGAUCUUGGUUGUAAAGUUCAUUGGUGAUGUGGAAACUGGUGAGAUGCUGACUAUGUUGGGUGAUUACCACGAAUCUUGUCCCCGGAAGAAAAAAAAAAAAAAAUGAUGGGGAUGACAGGUCAGUGUGGGAUUUUGGAAAUAUUAUGCACCUGUGUGAUCAUCUCAGUAUGGGUGUUUAGUGAACCUUAUAUAGAAGGAACUGAUCUUGGUCUGAGGUGCUAGUUGUUGGAAUUGCACUGAUAGUAAAAUUGGAUUGAAAAUAAUGAUUUUGUCCAACUAUUAAGGUAUUGUUUUGUCCAAAUUAAUUUGUUUGACAUUUUAGUUCUGUCUUGAAUUUGACGAUUUCAUGACUUUCGUUAUCAUACUUGAUGAAAUUCGAUUCUUUCUUAUCUAUUUAUUUAUUUAUUCUGUUAUCGAGUUUCAGGAAAUGUGCGUCUUAGGAAUGAAAAUAUUUUUAAUAUUACGUAAUAAGAGUAUUUAUAUAAUACUACUCGAGUGUGUUUUCGUCUGCAUAUCUUAACUGCAUUUUUUUUAAAAUCAUAUACUAACAUUUUUACUUGUAUUGAAUCACGUGUUUUAAGUUUCAUUACAUUAAUCAUACAUAAAUACUCGUAAAACUCGUACAUCAUGCCUGUUGCACAUUGACAGCGAGGGUGAGCGUAAUUAGUAACCAUGACAACAGUAGACGCGAAGGCUGCUGCUUCGUUGCCAUGACAACUGGGACGCCUAGUGGCAUGACCAGCCGUCCCGCAGUCGUGUCUGGCAUGUGCAUUGUACGCCGUGGAUUUCACAUUAAUAUUCAUACGGGACUCAGUAUAUGAAAAGAUUGCUUGUGGCCGUCCAGAUUAUUCGUAAGCCAUUAGUGAAGUGUAACUCGUAUUCUAUGGAAGAAUUGUGGUGAAGGAAAAUGAAGUGAAAUGUCAAUCUUGCGUGAAUCAGCCAGACGCGGUCACUGGUGCUGAAGGAAACUGAAAAACGCCUUGUAGUAAUCAUCAAUGCAACUUUCAUUAUGAAAGUUUACCCUUGAACCAACAACACAAGGUUUAUGACAACAGUUAGUGUAUCCUUUUCUGGGCCAUGGAUGAGCGGGAGGGCGAGAUCGAGGAGCAGCGGGAGGACGAGGGAAGUGAUGCCGGUGUGGUGCUGAGUGACGGAGAGGAGGAGGGCGGGGGAAGUGAAGGAUGGGAGGCAGGUGGGCGGGAUGAAGGAUCCCCGAACACGCCACCGCCGCCCCGCGAGUCCCCUCCUCCCCCAGCAGUCCCAGCCCAGCAUCAGCAGCCCUCCCCGCCUCUCUCCCCGCUCGCCUCGCCCCAGCUCACCGCCUCGCCUCCCCCAGAAGAGCCAGCAGGUGUGUAAAGCUUAACUCAUGGAUAAAUGAAAUGACAAUAAAGAAACUCAUUAGUCA